AUGAACUCAGCCGAAGGAAAUGAGACUUGGUUAAUGAUUUCUUUGAAAGGAGGAGUGAAGAUUGUGAACAUCGACCUUGACACGAGGCAUGCUUUUCAUGAAUUGGUCACAGGAAUCAGCCUUUCUCUUACUUGUGACGAACUUCAGAGGAAGACAUGGCAAAAUGAGACGGAUUCCACCAUAUUGUGGUACCUGAAUAGUGAACCAAUACGGAAUCAAAGAUUCGAGUGGAGAGUCACCGUUUCUACAGAGGGAGUGUUGAGUGAGCAACUUCUGGACAAUAUUCCUCUUAUUCAUAUUUGGCCUCUAAUGGAAGAGGAUGGUGGACAUUACGAAUGUUCAGUGGAUGGUAGUAUAAUGGGUUCGGCGCUUAUUAAUGUGAAAGCGAAAUCAGAAGCUGUGAUUCAAGGACUUUACAACUACCUUUAUGUAGCAGUAUUCUACAUACCGGUUGCGAUAUACGCGAUAAUACUCACCAGCCGAGAUAUCGCAAGACCACCAAAAAAAUCACAAAGGGAGGAUAAGAUGACUGCAUUUCUUGAGCAACACGUGCUCAAGAACGGGCAAGAUGUGAAGGAGAACAUUGCCAAAAUAAUUUAUGGAGAUCAGUUUGAAAAGAGGAAAGACGAGAUUACGAAAUCCAUUGCAGCCGGCAUCACCCCAAAUGGUGAGAAACUACGUGGAAAUCAUGACACAAUCAUGACUCUUCUGGGCAAUCCGAAAUCUAUGCAUGUUGGAGAAGUGAGGAGGAGAACAAGGGUGAGAAUUAUUGAAAGUGAGAAACUACGUGGGAAUCAUGACACAAUCAUGACUCUUCUGGGCAAUCCGAAAUCUAUGCAUGUUGGAGAAGUGAAGAGGAGAACAACGGUGAAAAUUAUUGAAUGUAAAGGAGUUGGCAAGAACAAGGAUUUGAAAUAUCAGUCAGUAAUGCCCAAGGUGGAUCCAACUCAGCUAGACAACACUUUGCAACAAGAUUUUCGGCACUUUGUCUGA